CACGCUGCAGGGCGGAGACAAUAAACACAACUUACCUUUUUAAAAGCGUCUGUUGUAUCGCUUAUAACUUCCUCUAGUCACUUAGGGACUCAGACAGAAGCUGAUAGACUAAGACCACAUCCUGAAUUAAUUUGUUACCGACUUAAAUUCAGUUAUCUACAGCGACUACGUGUUGAAGACGUGGCCAAGUGCUGCCGUGCAAAUAAGUGGCACUAUUACUUCCGGAAUUUCAUUCAAUGGGCUCGCGCAGCAACAACUUUAUUUGUUUUUAAGUCGUAUCUGUGUGCAUGAAUGUAAACUAUAGCCUUUAUUAGAUGAGACACCUGAGACCUCUUCCACAAAAUAUCCCCUUCAAGAGUUGCAUCGGAUGGAUUAUUUCCUUAUUUGCAUCUUAUUGCUUAAACCAAAUUGAAAUUUCCAAAUUGAGAGAUGGUAGAUGAAUCUGUUGCCAUCUAAAAAGACACCAAACCAAAUAAGAUGUUUUUUUUGUAUAAUUUGCAAAUUUCUUUGAAUUAGUUAUAUAUUUGUAUUAUUUAAAACUCUACCAGUAAAUAUUUAGACAUGGCAGCAACAAUGGAGGUAGCAGACAUUGCAGUAGUUGGACUUUAUUUUAUCCUUGUGCUGGGCAUUGGAUUCUUUGCCAUGUGGAAGGCCAACCGCAGCAGUGUAAGUGGUUACUUUCUGGCUGGUCGAACUAUGAACUGGGUGUUGAUUGGAGCAUCUCUGUUCGUCAGCAACAUUGGCAGCGAGCACUUUAUUGGCCUAGCUGGCUCAGGAGCAGCAAGUGGUUUUGCUGUAGGUGCUUGGGAGUUCAACGCCAUUUUUCUCCUUCAGCUUCUGGGCUGGGUGUUCAUUCCAGUUUAUAUCCACUGUGGGGUGUACACAAUGCCAGAAUACCUCUUAAAGCGCUUUGGGGGAAAACGGCUAAAGGUUUACUUUGCUGGUCUUUCCCUUUUGCUCUACAUCUUCACCAAACUGUCAGUGGACUUGUAUGCAGGAGCUCUUUUCAUCCAGGAGUCCUUAGGUUGGAAUCUCUAUCUUUCAAUAAUCCUGCUAAUUGCCAUGACAGCACUGCUGACAGUAACAGGUGGCCUGGUUGCGGUGAUCUACACUGACACUAUUCAGGCCAUACUUAUGAUCAGCGGAGCUUUGAGCCUUACAGCCAUCGGCCUGAUCAAGGUGGGUGGACUAGAUGGUUUAAGAGAGAAAUACAUGGAGGCUGUUCCAAAUGUCACUGCCAUUCUUGCCAGAUACAACUAUAGUUUUGAGUACACCAAUUCCUGUCGCAUCCACCCAAAGUCAAAUUCCCUCAAGCUCCUACGAGGACCCCUUGAUGAGGACAUCCCCUGGCCUGGGUUCCUGUUAGGCCAGACUCCAGCAUCCAUCUGGUACUGGUGUGCUGACCAGGUCAUAGUACAAAGGGUGCUUGCAGCUAAGAACAUUGCCCAUGCAAAGGGCUCUACCCUAAUGGCAGGCAUACUGAAAAUUCUUCCUAUGUUCAUCAUCGUUAUUCCAGGAAUGAUCUCCAGAAUAAUGUUUGCAGAUGAGCUGGCAUGUAUCGGGCCUGAGCACUGCAUGGCAGUGUGCCACAACCAGGCUGGCUGCUCUAACAUUGCCUACCCUCGACUGGUCAUGAGCAUUAUGCCAGUGGGUCUGCGUGGACUGAUGAUGGCUGUUAUGAUUGCUGCCCUCAUGAGUGACUUGGACUCUAUCUUCAACAGUGCCAGCACCAUCUUCACCUUGGACAUCUACAAGUUAGUGCGCAAGUGUGCCUCCUCGAGAGAGCUGGUUUUCGUAGGCCGAGUGUUCGUGAUCAUCAUGGUAGGCAUCAGCAUUGCCUGGGUGCCAGUUAUCAUUAAGAUGCAAGGUGGCCAAAUGUACUUGUACAUCCAAGAAAUUGCAGGAUAUCUUACACCACCUAUUGCUGCUCUCUUUUUGCUUGGCAUCUUCUGGAAGCGUUGUAACGAGACAGGUGCCUUUUGGGGUGGCAUGACUGGCUUUGUUCUGGGUACCACACGUCUUAUCUUUGGUUUUGUCUAUCGUGAGCCCCCCUGCAAUCAGCCAGAUGAACGACCUGCCUUCAUCACACAUGUCCACUAUAUGUAUGUAGCCGCUGGACUCUUCUGGAUCUCAGGCCUGGUAGCUGUGGUCAUCAGUCUUUGUACUCCUCCUCCAAGCAAGGACAAGAUUGUGCGCACCACCAUGUGGGGACUACGCAAUAUGGAAAAGUUGACUCUGACUGAUCGGAAGGAGGUCUACAAGCUGGCCAAUAAAAAUUCUGCUCACUGCAAUGGCAAUGGCACCUCCCAGGAAGACCUGCCUGUAGAUGCUCAAAAAGAACAAUGUCUUGAUGGUGCUGAUCUUAAACUCCUAAUGCCUUCCCCUAGUGACCAGGAUCCUACAACCCCCAGCACAGACGCACCAACCCCAGUGGAGACAUACAGUAAUGGGCGUGCAGAGUUGGUAGGGCAGAAGAAUGGAGGCAAAAGCAAGUGGGGGGCUUUCUGGUGCCUAUUUAAUUGGUUUUGUAAACCUAAGGAACAGACAGCGGCAUCAACACCAAAAGUCAUUAUAGAAGAUGAACGUGUCAUUCAGGAAAUGCUUUAUGAGCCCCCUAAAAUCAAGCUUUUGCUAAACUUUUGUUUGGUAAUAGUCUGUUCUGUGGGUGUCAUCAUGUUUGUCUACUUCUCCCUGUAACAUGUUGAUCUUCUCAAUGUACACAAAUGUGAUAUAUUUAUGACUGCAAAAGCUGUUUGGAUUCUUUAAAAACAUGAUUUUGUAGUUUUUAUAAGAGGGACUUUCUGUAUAUUCUGAAAAAAGGUUUGUUUGUUCCAUUGACUUCAAAGUAAAUCACCAAUUGUGUGAAUAUAUUAUAACCAAAAGCACUACUGAUACAAUGGACCGUUAUAUAUUAUGUAAUAACUGUAAAAUCUGUGAAUUCUACCUUAUUUAUUGUAAGCCCUUCCUUAUCAAAGCAUCAAACAUGGGGUGAUGGCUGUGUUUUGUAUAUGCGUUUAUAUUUGUUGUUGAUCCAUUACAAUGUGUAAUAUCAUUCAAAACUAAACAAUAGUAAAUUUUCCACCUUAUUGUCUAAUAUAUCGUCGCUGUCAGGCGGAAUCCUCGUAUCUCCAAAACCGUUAUUUUUCAGGAAAUUAAAAAAACGCCGUACCUUUUCUGCAGUGCACAGGGUUUAGUCCGCGUUGCAGUUGGUUUUUCUUGCGCUAAAUUCCUGUCCUCAGACGAGCACCAGAACUAGCGGGGGUCAAGAUUUUUUUUUCAUUGAGCCCAGUGUUUUGAAGACAUUUACCUCAGAAGACGUGUUGAUUCGCUGCGACUCUUCUUGAGGAGAAAUAUGCCGCGAAGCUCUCUGGCGGAGUGAAGAAGAGGUGGUAGUUGAAGUGUCCAAUGGAGUUAUGAGAUUUGCGCUCAAGCUAUUUUCAAGACUUUAGAUUGGUUAAUAACUUGUAAAAAUAACAGACCCACGUGGGGACUGACCAAUAGCAUCGAUAUGUGAAAAAAUAUGAAAUUGAUAAAAUUUGGACAUACGAGGUUUCCGCUCGACAGCGACGAUAUAUAGGAUGUGGUAGCCUAAUGUUUAAGGUGUUGGACUAUUGAUCAGAAGGUCAUUAGGUCUAAUCCCAGGCCCACCAAGCUGCCACUGCUGGGCCCCUGAGCAAGGCACUUAACCCUCAGUUGCUCAGUUGUAUAAAAAUGUAAGUCACUGUGGAUAAGGGUGUCUGCUAAAUGCCAUAAAUGUGAAUAUAGUAGUAAAUAGGGAAACGGAUGUUUUAUGUACAAUUAUGCUUUUCAGUGCUGUUGUAAGUGUUGUGAAAUCUGCCUAAACAUAACUGUUUCUAAGUGCUAGUUCGAAUUCAGUCACUGUAUCUCUAUUGAGCUCCUUUUAAUUUGUUUUAUUGCAGUAUCCCAUAAAUCAUCAAUGUCUAAGAGCAAUGUUUAGUGCACAUAUGUACACAAAUGCAUUAUUCACCACUAAAAUGCCUUCUUUUCAAGUUGAAAUCCAAAAUUUGGGUAUUGGAUGAAAUUCUGAUUGCUGUGCAAAAUAUUUAGUUCUUCUAGAGGAAGAAUUUAAUUUUGUGGGUGUUGUAAGAACAUGCACUGUUUUUAUACUCAUUUUGAAUACACUGUUUAUUAUAAGAGCAAAUUAGUGGUUGUUUUUCGGUAAAUGCAGAUAUGAAGGAUUAGUUACCAAAACUGACUGUUUAGAUGACAGGAAUUGGCAUCAUAAAGCGUUACCAAUAUAUUGCUCUUCGGAUUGUGUUAAGUCAAGUUUCAGAAACUUGGAAGUAUAAUUGGAAUAUUAUUAUUUAGAUCGAAAUACCAUGCCAUGUGUUGAUGCUAAAACUGAGUAGGAUUCAAAUUGUGUUAUGAGGCCUUAUUUUGGCAUUUUCCCCUCAGUUAAUGAAUUACAUGUAAAAGGUCUGCUAUGUUAGGUGCCACUGAAUCCACAACUGGAUUAGUUAAAAUUUGGAUUAUUCCAGCAUAAAUAGGUAAUGUGACAAAAUAAAAAAAAAAAAUCUUUGGAUUCUACUUCUUGUGGUUUUAUUUAGCAAGGAAUUGAUUGAUAAACUGGGUAGUUACAUUUUUAGAAAUAACUUAUGCUACCCUUCCUUCUGUUAUUACUGUUAGUCUGAUCAUUUUUUUGUUAAUAUUUUCAGUUUAGUAAACUAUGGCCCGGGUUCAGACAUCUGCUUCACUUUAUCUGUUUUGUCUCAGAAAGACUGAAAUCAAAUGUAAAUGCUGCAUUGCAAUUCCACUUAUUACUGCAUUACAAUUUCCAGUUACUGCUUUGGAUAAAACUGGUUGGACCAUUAGCAUUCUAAAAUAAAUCUGCAAAUCCUUUUUUCCGCUUAAAAUCAAAACAGAACAGACAUUCCCGACUACAUAGACCCCUAUGUUUUGCUGCAACUUGCAGUCAGAGAAAGUGUUAGAUGUAUACAUAGCUUGAAUUAGCUUGAUAUGUUAAUCACUUCUCAGAUUAGUCGUAAAUGAACAGAUUUAACAGUUUGAUACUUUGAAUUUUUUUAUGACUAAAUAAAGACAAACUUGUUUGGGCAGAA